GGCCCAGGGCUGUGGAGAGUCCAUUGCUGGUGGACUCAGAGGCCCCAUCCACCACCUUCUGCUGGCCACAGUGGCAUGAAGGGCUGGCACCUGGGAGCAAAGGCAGGUGGAGGUUGUGGUGGGAGGGACGGCAAGGAGGGUUAGGGUUAGGGCUGAAGGAGGGGUUGGGAGGGAGUUGGGGGCCUGGGUGAUGGGUGGGAGAGACAUGGGCAGGAAGACGGUGGAGACACGAGGUGGGCUGGGAAGCACUGGUUUCCUCUCUCCAGGGCUGGGCCACAGGAAAUCCAGCCCUCGUGCCUUCCAAGGUGCUUCCUGCCGAUAAGGGAGCCUCCAGGGCCCCUUCCUGCUCCCUGCUCCCGGGACCCCCACCCCUCCCAUCCUGCCCCCUCCCCUGGGAGACCCUCAGCUGCACCACUCAGGCCAGACCAGUGGCCUUGGGAGGGGCCUGGACCGGGGGCUGGGAGGCCUGCGAUGCUGGGACCACAGUUGCUGGGCAGGGAGCAACCGUCUAGGCGUGGGGAGAACGCAGGACGUGACCCACACACCGCACUGGGGGCUCCGCUCUGCCGGCUCCGGGACCCCUUCCUCCGCCGCACCCUCCCCGGUGGUCCGCGGGUGCCCGCCCGCUGCGGAAAGGCGGCGCGGCCCUCGCUGCUCAGCCACUGCCCCCCCGCCGAGGCCUAGGACUCCCCCCCACCCCGCCACAGCCCCCCAGGCCCCCCGCCCCGUGGCUUGGCCCCCGCCCUCCGCACACACCUCCCACCCCCACCUGGGACCCCGCAAGUAACCCCCACACACUGGCCCUGAGCCCUCCCGGCCCCCGCCUCCGGCGCAGCCCCCUCGCCACCCCCGCUUCCCUCCCGUCUCAGGCCCCCUCCCCCCGCCGCCCCCGCCCCCGGGGAAGGCAGGCGCCGAGCUGAGCCGGGGCCGAUGCAGCUGAGCCGCGCCGCCGCCGCCGCCGCCGCCGCCCCUGCGGAGCCCCCGGAGCCGCUGUCCCCCGCGCCGGCCCCGGCCCCGGCCCCCCCCGGCCCCCUCCCGCGCAGCGCGGCCGACGGGGCUCCGGCGGGGGGGAAGGGGGGGCCGGGGCGCCGCGCGGAGUCCCCGGGCGCUCCGUUCCCCGGCGCGAGCGGCCCCGGCCCGGGCCCCGGCGCGGGGAUGGACGGCCCCGGGGCCAGCGCCGUGGUCGUGCGCGUCGGCAUCCCGGACCUGCAGCAGACGAAGUGCCUGCGCCUGGACCCGGCCGCGCCCGUGUGGGCCGCCAAGCAGCGCGUGCUCUGCGCCCUCAACCACAGCCUCCAGGACGCGCUCAACUAUGGGCUUUUCCAGCCGCCCUCCCGGGGCCGCGCCGGCAAGUUCCUGGAUGAGGAGCGGCUCCUGCAGGAUUACCCGCCCAACCUGGACACGCCCCUGCCCUACCUGGAGUUUCGAUACAAGCGGCGAGUUUAUGCCCAGAACCUCAUCGAUGAUAAGCAGUUUGCAAAGCUUCACACAAAGGCGAACCUGAAGAAGUUCAUGGACUAUGUCCAGCUGCAUAGCACAGACAAGGUGGCCCGCCUGCUGGACAAGGGGCUGGACCCCAACUUCCAUGACCCCGACUCAGGAGAAUGCCCCCUGAGCCUUGCAACCCAGCUGGACAACGCCACGGACCUGCUGAAGGUGCUGAAGAACGGCGGUGCCCACCUGGACUUCCGCACUCGUGAUGGGCUCACCGCCGUGCACUGUGCCACACGCCAGCGGAAUGCGGCAGCGCUGACGACCCUGCUGGACCUGGGGGCUUCACCUGACUACAAGGACAGCCGCGGCUUGACACCCCUCUACCACAGCGCCCUGGGGGGUGGGGAUGCCCUCUGCUGUGAGCUGCUUCUCCACGACCACGCUCAGCUGGGGACCACCGAUGAGAAUGGCUGGCAGGAGAUCCACCAGGCCUGCCGCUUUGGGCACGUGCAACACCUGGAGCACCUGCUGUUCUAUGGGGCAGACAUGGGGGCCCAGAACGCCUCAGGGAACACAGCCCUGCACAUCUGUGCCCUCUACAACCAGGAGAGCUGUGCUCGUGUCCUGCUCUUCCGUGGAGCUAACAGGGAUGUCCGCAACUACAACAGCCAGACAGCCUUCCAGGUGGCCAUCAUCGCAGGGAACUUUGAGCUUGCAGAGGUCAUCAAGACCCACAAAGACUCGGAUGUCGUACCAUUCAGGGAAACCCCCAGCUAUGCGAAGCGGCGGCGACUGGCUGGCCCCAGUGGCUUGGCAUCCCCUCGGCCUCUGCAGCGCUCAGCCAGCGAUAUCAACCUGAAGGGGGAGGCACAGCCAGCAGCUUCUCCUGGACCCUCGCUGAGAAGCCUCCCCCACCAGCUGCUGCUCCAGCGGCUGCAAGAGGAGAAAGAUCGUGACCGGGAUGCUGACCAGGAGAGCAACAUCGGUGGCCCUUUAGCAGGCAGGGGCAGCCAGAGCAAGAUCAGCCCGAGCGGGCCCGGCGGCCCCGGCCCCGCGCCCGGCCUCGGCCCCGCGCCCCCUGCGCCCCCCGCACCGCCGCCCCGGGGCCCGAAGCGGAAACUUUACAGCGCCGUCCCCGGCCGCAAGUUCAUCGCCGUGAAGGCGCACAGCCCGCAGGGUGAAGGCGAGAUCCCGCUGCACCGCGGCGAGGCCGUGAAGGUGCUCAGCAUUGGGGAGGGCGGUUUCUGGGAGGGAACCGUGAAAGGCCGCACGGGCUGGUUCCCGGCCGACUGCGUGGAGGAAGUGCAGAUGAGGCAGCAUGACACACGGCCUGAAACGCGGGAGGACCGGACGAAGCGGCUCUUCCGGCACUACACAGUGGGUUCCUACGACAGCCUCACCUCACACAGCGAUUAUGUCAUUGAUGACAAAGUGGCUGUCCUGCAAAAAAGGGACCACGAGGGCUUUGGUUUUGUGCUCCGGGGAGCCAAAGCAGAGACCCCCAUCGAGGAGUUCACGCCCACGCCAGCCUUCCCGGCGCUGCAGUAUCUUGAGUCGGUGGACGUGGAGGGUGUGGCCUGGAGGGCCGGGCUGCGCACGGGAGACUUCCUCAUUGAGGUGAACGGGGUGAACGUGGUGAAGGUCGGACACAAGCAGGUGGUGGCUCUGAUUCGCCAGGGUGGCAACCGCCUCGUCAUGAAGGUUGUGUCUGUGACAAGGAAGCCGGAAGAGGACGGGGCUCGGCGCAGAGCCCCACCGCCCCCCAAGAGGGCCCCCAGCACCACACUGACCCUGCGCUCCAAGUCCAUGACAGCUGAGCUCGAGGAACUCGCCUCCAUUCGGAGAAGAAAAGGGGAGAAGCUGGAUGAGAUGCUGGCAGCCGCUGCAGAGCCAACACUGAGGCCAGACAUCGCGGACGCAGACUCCAGAGCGGCCACCGUCAAACAGAGGCCCACCAGUCGGAGGAUCACACCCGCCGAGAUUAGCUCAUUGUUUGAACGCCAGGGCCUCCCAGGCCCAGAGAAGCUGCCGGGCUCCUUGCGGAAGGGGAUUCCACGGACCAAGUCUGUAGGGGAGGACGAGAAGCUGGCGUCCCUGCUGGAAGGGCGCUUCCCGCGGAGCACCUCGAUGCAGGACCCGGUGCGCGAGGGUCGCGGCAUCCCGCCCCCGCCGCAGACCGCGCCGCCUCCCCCGCCCGCGCCCUACUACUUCGACUCGGGGCCGCCCCCAGCCUUCUCGCCGCCGCCCCCGCCGGGCCGCGCCUACGACACGGUGCGCUCCAGCUUCAAGCCCGGCCUGGAGGCGCGCCUGGGCGCGGGGGCUGCCGGCCUGUACGAGCCGGGCGCGGCCCUCGGCCCGCUGCCCUAUCCCGAGCGGCAGAAGCGCGCGCGCUCCAUGAUCAUCCUGCAGGACUCGGCGCCCGAGUCGGGCGAUGCCCCUCGACCCCCGCCCGCGGCCACCCCGCCCGAGCGACCCAAGCGCCGGCCGCGGCCGCCCGGCCCCGACAGCCCCUACGCCAACCUGGGCGCCUUCAGCGCCAGCCUCUUCGCUCCGUCCAAGCCGCAGCGCCGCAAGAGCCCCCUGGUGAAGCAGCUGCAGGUGGAGGACGCGCAGGAGCGCGCGGCCCUGGCCGUGGGCAGCCCCGGUCCCGGCGGCGGCAGCUUCGCCCGCGAGCCCUCCCCGACCCACCGAGGUCCGCGCCCGGGUGGCCUCGACUACGGCGCGGGCGACGGCCCGGGACUCGCGUUCGGCGGCCCGGGCCCGGCCAAGGACCGGCGGCUGGAGGAGCGGCGCCGCUCCACUGUGUUCCUGUCCGUGGGCGCCAUCGAGGGCAGCGCCCCCAGCGCGGAUCUGCCAUCCCUACAGCCCUCCCGCUCCAUCGACGAGCGCCUCCUGGGGACCGGCCCCACUGCCGGCCGCGACCUGCUGCUGCCCUCCCCGGUGUCUGCUCUGAAGCCAUUGGUCAGCGGCCCGAGCCUUGGGCCCUCGGGCUCCACCUUCAUCCACCCGCUCACCGGCAAACCCCUGGACCCCAGCUCACCCCUGGCCCUUGCCCUGGCUGCCCGAGAGCGGGCUCUGGCCUCCCAGGCGCCCUCCCGGUCCCCCACACCCGUGCACAGUCCCGACGCCGACCGCCCCGGACCCCUGUUUGUGGAUGUACAGGCCCGGGACCCAGAACGAGGGUCCCUGGCUUCCCCAGCGUUCUCCCCACGGAGCCCAGCCUGGAUUCCUGUGCCUGCUCGCAGGGAGGCAGAGAAGGUCCCCCGAGAGGAGCGGAAGUCACCCGAGGACAAGAAGUCCAUGAUCCUCAGCGUCCUGGACACAUCCCUGCAGCGGCCAGCUGGCCUCAUUGUCGUGCACGCCACCAGCAACGGGCAGGAGCCCAGCAGGCUGGCGGGGGCCGAAGAGGAGCGCCCGGGCACCCCGGAGUUGGCCCCGGCCCCCAUGCAGUCGGCGGCUGUGGCAGAGCCCCUGCCCAGCCCCCGGGCCCAGCCCCCCGGUGGCACCCCAGCAGACGCUGGGCCGGGCCAGGGCAGCUCAGAGGAAGAGCCGGAGCUGGUGUUCGCCGUGAACCUGCCACCCGCCCAGCUGUCGUCCAGCGACGAGGAGACCAGGGAGGAGCUGGCCCGGAUUGGGUUGGUACCACCCCCUGAGGAGUUUGCCAACGGGGUCCUGCUGGCCGCCCCCCUCGCUGGCCCGGGCCCCUCACCCACCACGGUGCCCAGCCCGGCCUCAGGGAAGCCCAGCAGUGAGCCACCCCCUGCCCCUGAGUCUGCAGCCGACUCCGGGGUGGAGGAGGCUGACACACGCAGCUCCAGCGACCCCCACCUGGAGACCACAAGCACCAUCUCCACGGUGUCCAGCAUGUCCACCUUGAGCUCGGAGAGCGGGGAACUCACUGACACCCACACCUCCUUCGCUGACGGACACACUUUUCUACUCGAGAAGCCACCAGUGCCUCCCAAGCCCAAGCUCAAGUCCCCGCUGGGGAAGGGGCCGGUGACCUUCAGGGACCCGCUGCUGAAGCAGUCCUCGGACAGCGAGCUCAUGGCCCAGCAGCACCAUGCCGCCUCUGCCGGGCUGGCCUCUGCCGCCGGGCCUGCCCGCCCUCGCUACCUCUUCCAGAGAAGGUCCAAGCUAUGGGGGGACCCCGUGGAGAGCCGGGGGCUCCCUGGGCCUGAAGACGACAAACCAACUGUGAUCAGUGAGCUCAGCUCCCGCCUGCAGCAGCUGAACAAAGACACGCGUUCCCUGGGGGAGGAACCAGUUGGUGGCCUGGGCAGCCUGCUGGACCCUGCCAAGAAGUCGCCCAUCGCAGCAGCUCGGCUCUUCAGCAGCCUCGGUGAGCUGAGCUCCAUUUCAGCGCAGCGCAGCCCCGUGGGCCCGGGCGGCGGGGCCUCGUACUCGGUGAGGCCCAGCGGCCGCUACCCCGUGGCGCGACGCGCCCCGAGCCCGGUGAAGCCCGCGUCGCUGGAGCGGGUGGAGGGGCUGGGGGCGGGCGCGGGGGGCGCAGGGCGGCCCUUCGGCCUCACGCCCCCCACCAUCCUCAAGUCGUCCAGCCUCUCCAUCCCGCACGAGCCCAAGGAGGUGCGCUUCGUGGUGCGCAGCGUGAGCGCGCGCAGUCGCUCCCCCUCGCCGUCGCCGCUGCCCUCGCCCGCGUCCGGCCCUGGCCCCGGCGCCCCCGGCCCACGCCGACCCUUCCAGCAAAAGCCGCUGCAGCUCUGGAGCAAGUUCGACGUGGGCGACUGGCUGGAGAGCAUCCACCUAGGCGAGCACCGCGACCGCUUCGAGGACCAUGAGAUAGAAGGCGCGCACCUGCCCGCGCUCACCAAGGACGACUUCGUGGAGCUGGGCGUCACGCGCGUGGGCCACCGCAUGAACAUCGAGCGCGCGCUCAGGCAGCUGGACGGCAGCUGACGCCCCACCCCCGCUCCUGCCCCGGCCGUGCCCUGCCGGCAGGGCCCCCCACCCCCACCCCGGGCCGCGGGCUCGGCCUGCCCCUUACGACGGCGCCCGGGCCAGGAAUGUUGCAUGAAUCGUCCUGUUUGCUGUUGCUCGGAGACUCGCCCUGUACAUUGCUUAGUGCCCUCACCGGCCGCCCAGCCCACCCAGCACACAGUCAGGAAGGGCGUGGACCAGGGAGGCUGGGGCGGGAGGUGCCGGGGGUGGGGUGCUCGAGCCUGACCACCUCCUUCACAGCUCCUGGUGGCCAUUCUCCCAGAGGGGGAACCUAGUCCAGCAUGCGAGGUCAGGACCCGCCUUGGUGACUCGGGGGGAGGGGGGAGACAUUGGGAUUCUCGAUGGGGGCCAAGGAGCCCCCCUGUUUUGCAUAUUUUAAUCCACUCUAUAUUUGGAACGAGAAAAGGAACAAAUAUCUCUGUCCGUAAUAGUUUCCUCUCCCCUCCCUUCUGCUUCCACUGGUCCCACUGCAGCUGCCCAGUCUUCCAUCUCCGGCCCUCACUGCCACUGCCACCCCACAACGGGGCAGGGGACGCUCCAGCUGGUCUGGGGUUGGCCAGGGCCCUAGUGGCCCGCCCUGGGGCCCCAGCUCGGCCGCUCCCCUCGCUGAGCUCGUGUGCCCCACCGACCCUUCAGGUGCUGCUCGUAGGGGGAGGGGCGGCAGGCCGCGGGUCCUGCUGUGCACCCGCGGGACCAGCCGGCCUGGGAGACCAUCGGCCGGGGGGAUGAGGGCAGGGCCCUGCCGCUCCACCGCAGCCAUCUUCCUCACAGGGUCUCUUCCCAAGGAGGGGGCCAGCUCGGUCCUCAUGCUCUUGGGCAACUACAGCAGAGAAGCCUCCCUGCCUUGGACCCCAAAGUCUCCUGUCCUGCCCUUUAUGUGUGUGGGUGAAACUGGGUGCGUCUGAGCACGUGGGAGCCAUGUGUGUGCCUGAUUACUGAGUGGCCCAGGGGCCGCUCUGGACUAGCGUGGGGCUGUGGAGGCGUGCACAGUGUGCAUGCAUGGGGUGUGCCUGUGAAAGCACCCUGUCUCCUCUUCCAAAGAAAGCCAGAGGCCAUCCUGCACCCUGGGUCCAGCUGUUUGCCCAGCCUGUCCUUCCAGAGCCUCACCCAGCCUGAGCGGGGUUCCCUGGUGAAUCCCUGCUGCUUGGGGAGGCCCCAAGGGCCCCUUGGAGGCAGCGCCCCCACCUUGGGCCUCUGAGGGCAUCAUAGGGGGACCCCUAGAGUCAGUUCACCACAGGCCCUGGGGAGAGUCAAAGACCCCCGAGGGUGCCCAGCCCCCCACACUGUGACUCCUCACACUCAGCAAUGACCUGUGGGGUGGGGGCCCUGGGACGUUUUUAAACCUAGGGUUUGGAGUCUGGACUAAGCUCCAUCCACGUCACUCACAAGUUUCUGUUUAUAUUUCUAGCUUUUUUUAAUAAAAUAAAAAAAAAAGAAAACAGAAGUUUUCACAACCCAGGGGCCUGGCACGCCGGUCUGUGCCUGCCCGCCCCGCCCUGGCCCACCGGCCCCACUCCCUGGGCACAGAGUCACACCCACUCACCCUUCCGCCAACAGUCCAGGUCACACAGCAGCAGUCACUGUAACAGACUGCCACAUACACACUCGGUCUCACACUCACCUGUGGGUUUUGGUUCCGUUCAAUUUGGGUUUUUAACUUUACAGGGUCAGUUCCGCUUCAGCUCCUUUUGUAUGGAGUUCCAUCCGGGGGGUUUCACCCCCUGCUCCAGUCCUGAGGCCUCCUGACCCUGACGUUGUGAUACACCCCACAGAGAUCUAUGUUUCUUAUAUUAUUAUUAUUGAUAAUAAUUAUAAUAUUAUUAUGUAAUAAAUUUAUAAGAAAUGAA